AUGUCAAACAGUAGCUGUGUGAUCAAUGCUGUGGGGAGAUUUCCAAAUCUACCAGGUUUUGUGACAGCUCAGGGAAGAAGUUCAGCAGACGAUCCUAGUGGUUUUGUAUUCGAAGGAUGUUCCAUUAAAGGGAAUGGUGAAGUAAAUUUAGGAAGGGCAUGGGAACCCUAUUCAAGAGUCAUAUUUAAAAAAACAUAUUUUUCUGAAAUAACUCCUCAAGGAUGGGUUGCUUGGAGAGCUGCUAACGAUCCGAGCACGACCACUUAUGCUGAAGUUGAUUGUAAGGGACCAGGAGCUGAUACUUCCAAGCGUGUUCCAUGGAUGAAGAAUCUAAGUUCUUCAGAAUUGUAUGAGUUUUCGUUUGCGUCUUUUAUCAAUAGUGAUCGAUGGGUUGACAAAUUACCAAUAAUAUCUUAAUUUAUUUUGUUUUUUCUAUAUUGG